UCCUGUAGUCGGAGCCCCGCCUACAUCUCCACCCUCUGGCGGACUGGAGUCAGAGACGCCGCUGCGCGUGAGUUCGGCGGGCGGCUGUAAUGUCGAAGUGUUGCUAGUUGCGUUGCGUCUUGGAAUUAAUAGCAGUGGAGCACAUCUGAUCGGGGGGGAAGAAGGCAGAAGAGGUGGAGGAGGCGGAGGUGGAGAGAGAGUGGGAGACCAUCGGGGACUGAGGCGGCGGCAGGGGCUCUCUUCCCAACCUAGAGUCACACAAGCGGUCUCUACGCAGAAUAUGGCGGAGCAGCAGUCCGUCCCCGACGGCAAGCACAAGGCAUCCCCAAAACCCGUUGGCUCGCCUGUGGGAAACAGUCGGUCGAGCUGCAGCGGCGCCGCCACGGCGGGCAGUGGAGGCCUGUCCGGUGGCCUGACCCAGCCCGCCGGCUGGCAGUCCCUCCUCUCGUUCACCAUACUCUUUCUGGCCUGGCUGGCAGGCUUCAGUUCCCGGCUGUUCGCUGUGAUUCGCUUCGAGAGCAUCAUUCACGAGUUCGACCCCUGGUUUAACUACAGAUCAACACAUCACCUCACAACCAAUGGAUUCUAUGAAUUUUUAAAUUGGUUUGAUGAAAGAGCGUGGUAUCCACUUGGGAGGAUAGUAGGAGGCACGGUCUACCCAGGCUUGAUGGUAACAGCCGGCCUCAUCCACUAUGUGCUGAAUCUCCUGCACAUCACAGUCCACAUCCGAGAUGUGUGUGUGUUCCUGGCCCCGAUUUUCAGCGGCCUCACUUCCAUAUCAACGUUUUUACUCACCAGAGAGCUCUGGAAUCAGGGGGCCGGACUGCUAGCCGCCUGUUUCAUCGCAAUAGUCCCAGGGUACAUCUCUCGCUCAGUGGCAGGAUCUUUCGACAAUGAAGGCAUUGCGAUUUUUGCACUUCAGUUCACUUAUUACCUUUGGGUCAAAGCUGUGAAGACCGGCUCAGUGUUCUGGACGAUCGGUUGCUGCCUGUCCUACUUUUACAUGGUUUCUGCGUGGGGCGGCUAUGUUUUCAUCAUCAAUCUCAUUCCUCUGCACGUUUUUGUGCUGCUGCUCAUGCAGAGGUUCAGCCGCAGAGUGUAUAUCGCUUACAGCACCUUCUACAUUGUUGGACUCGUCCUCUCCAUGCAGAUCCCAUUUGUUGGCUUCCAGCCUAUAAGGACGAGUGAGCACAUGGCGGCUGCAGGUGUGUUUGCACUCCUACAAGCGUAUGCCUUCCUGCAGUAUCUCAAAGAUCGGCUCACCAAGCAGGAAUUCCAGACGCUGUUUUUCCUUGGAGUUUCGAUGGCCGCUGGCGUCGUAUUCUUGACUGUAAUUUAUUUAACCUACACAGGAUACAUCGCACCGUGGAGCGGCAGAUUUUAUUCAUUGUGGGACACCGGGUAUGCAAAGGUUCACAUCCCAAUCAUUGCUUCGGUGUCAGAGCAUCAGCCCACCACGUGGGUUUCCUUCUUCUUUGACCUCCAUAUCUUGGUCUGCACUUUCCCAGCCGGCCUUUGGUUUUGCAUUAAGAAUAUCAACGAUGAACGAGUCUUUGUGGCCUUAUAUGCAAUCAGCGCCGUAUACUUUGCUGGAGUGAUGGUCCGUCUGAUGCUCACCUUGACCCCUGUUGUCUGCAUGUUGUCAGCCAUUGCAUUUUCAAACGUUUUUGAACAUUACUUGGGAGACGAUUUGAAACGGGAAAACCCACCAACAGAGGACAGUAGUGAUGAGGAUGACAAAAGGAAUUCCGGGAACUUGUAUGACAAGGCUGGCAAAGUAAGGAAGCACGUGUCUGAGCAGGAGAAGACGGAAGAAGGACUGGGGCCCAACAUUAAAAGCAUUGUCACCAUGUUGAUGCUGAUGCUGCUGAUGAUGUUUGCCGUUCACUGCACCUGGGUUACCAGCAAUGCUUACUCGAGUCCCAGCGUCGUCUUGGCGUCCUACAAUCAUGACGGGUCUCGGAAUAUCCUGGAUGAUUUUCGUGAGGCCUAUUAUUGGCUACGACAAAAUACAGAUGAACACGCCAGGGUCAUGUCAUGGUGGGACUAUGGCUAUCAGAUAGCGGGGAUGGCCAAUCGAACAACGCUCGUGGAUAACAACACGUGGAACAACAGUCAUAUAGCAUUGGUUGGAAAAGCCAUGUCCUCUAAUGAAACGGCUGCUUAUCAGAUUAUGCGCAGCUUGGAUGUCGAUUACGUGCUCAUCAUCUUCGGAGGUGUCAUCGGCUACUCGGGAGACGACAUCAACAAGUUUUUGUGGAUGGUCAGGAUAGCUGAAGGCGAACACCCCAAAGAUAUCCGAGAGAGCGACUAUUUUACACCCCAGGGAGAGUUUCGUGUCGACAAGGCUGGCUCGCCAACAUUGUUAAACUGCCUUAUGUACAAGAUGUCCUACUACAGAUUUGGUGAAAUGCAGCUUGACUUCAGGACGCCCCCUGGGUUUGAUCGCACGAGGAACGCUGAAAUUGGCAACAAAGACAUCAAGUUCAAACAUUUAGAAGAAGCCUUCACCUCUGAGCACUGGCUAGUGAGGAUUUAUAAAGUCAAAAAACCAGAGAACCGGGAAGCUUUGGACCAUAAGCCUCGGCUCACCAACACCGCUUCAAAACAGAAGCAUUUAUCUAAAAAGGUUUCCAAAAGGAAGCGUGGCUUUAUUAAGAAUAAAUUAAAUCUCAAGAAAGGCAAGAAAUUAAACAAGAAAACUGUUUAAAAAGAGCCGAGUCACCUGGAAUCCCGACAACCUUUGCCUUGAGCUGCAUUCCCAUUUCACAGAGCGGUGGACACCCGCACUCUCAGUGGUCCACGGUCUGUCUGGAGUCCGUCUCCUUUUUUUAUACUUGAAUGUGCUAGCAAGGCAGAGAGCUGCUGUGUGUUUAUGGCGGCACAUGUUGUGUGGUAAACGUUAAACCUAGAAAAGUCCUAACGAGGAAAUCGGAUCGAUUGCACCAAAGAGCCCCUCUUAUUUGGUCCUCGGCACAUGUAACUUGUUACCUUUAUUAAAAAAUCCAAACCCGAAUCGAGAGACAAUUGUGUACAAGUAGGAGUUCCUGACGCGUGUACAGACGGCACUAGAUGGAGGAACGAGAUGUGAACAGAUGUUUCUGACAUUUGACAGUCUUAAAUUGUCCAAAUCUGUAAAUAAUGUGAUAUAUAUAUAUAUUAAAAUAACAAUCUUCAGAUGGGGUUAUAUAAUAUAUUCUGUUUUGUUCUAGUUAUUUUAAAUAUGCAAAAAAAAAAGGACCCCCAGCAACUGAUUUGAAUUUGCAGGUUCUGCUGCCCCCCUAAUUGACUCUAAUAAUACGAUGGCAAUAAUUAGAAACGAGCACCCGCCGCGGCGCAGGGGCUGUCAAUUUAGUGACGUCGACUCCUCGCAGCGGGCCAAAGGUAACAAGUCUACAAGCGGGAGGCUGCACAGGCGGGCGGGCGGGCGUACCACGGGGGCUCAGAGCGUUUACUGCGUACCCCUCGACUCUUUCCCUUUGUUAGAUACGGCGAGCGGAGCGGAGGUCCCCCCUUUGAGCCGUUUCCAGUUUGUCAGCUCGCUUGUUUUUUAACGGCAGACGUGACAAACUGCGAAGCAGACGAGAAAAUGAAAAAGCGACGAAGCAAAUCAAACUUGUAAAGGGCCAGAAAUGGUGUAAAGAUGUAAUUUCUUUGUAAACAUAACUUUAUUCCCGAAUAUAAAAACGACGGGCCUUUUGUAAAUAAACUGUCAGAGGGCCAGUUAAGUAAAGGAAAGCCUUACCAAUAUAAAUAGAAAAUGUCAGGAGGGCUUUUGGUUUUUUUUUUUGGUUUGGUUUUGCCAGCUUCUGCUUGACGAAUUGUUUUCUUUAUUUUGUAAAAUUCUCUUUUGAUUUUCUUUUCAUUGUUUCUUCCUCACCCCAUCUGCCUUUUUUUCUUUUUCUUUUUUUAUGCUUUGAUGAAGACCACCUGCCGACUUCAUCCUGCCUCCUCCUCCUCCUCUUCCUCUUCUCAUGUAUGCCUGGGGAGUUCAUUUUUGUUGUGUGUCGUUUUCUUUUUCCUCGACCCAGGAGUACAUUUUUUACAUUGUUGCUUAAAGAUUUGGUUUAGACUUGUUAAAAUGUAGACAGAAAUAAAACUUCAAGUUUGUGUUAAA